AUGUCCUUUUACACAUGCUACGCUCCCGGAUGUCCUCGACGUCAGCAAAGCCACGCAAGACUCACUAACCCCUGUACCGGCUACUGUUGCUCCAAGUUCCUCAACUACCACGACGAGCCUCUCACCCAAGGUGACACCAGCAAUGUCGUACCCCUCAACAACCCUAUCCACCCCCUUUUCCACAAGAGUAAGUUCCACCGCGAUAUUGACUACACCCUCCUAGAAACUCCCCUCCGUCUAGCCUCACUACUCCUCGAAUCGCCUGGUGCGCUCGAGUACAUCAACACCAUAGCCGGCGGCGAGCUCUACGAACGACGCGAGCGUAAGGAGCUCGGCGCUUUCAAGCGCUUCUGGCACAAAACCACAUGGGGCCAUGUCGAUGCUGAAGGCGGCAGCGGCGGCAAAAUUAGCUGGAGCCCGAUUCGGAAGGCUUCAAAAGCUCAACACGUCAACGGCAAUGCCCUUUUCCAAGGUGUCGCGAAAGAUGUCCUCCAGCGCCUCAGUCGCGCCGUCACGGAGUUCAGGCUCAGCGACCCAACAACGAGGGGAUACAACACAAAGGGAGAAACCUCCGCAUCCUGCGAGCCAGAUUACAGACCCAUGACUGCUCGCACUGUCACUGCAUUCCCUCGCGGCGGAACCACUACCAUAAUAAUUUCCCGCGACAAGUAUACAUCCCUCCUCAACCUCCGCAAACGCCUCCGCCGCGGGAACUUCCUCUCCCCAUCCUCCCACCGCCACGCCCUCCGCCUCGCGCAAUUCCUCAUCGCCAACGCCAUCGUGCACGAAAUCGGGCACUCCCUCUGCACCCUCUGCUGCGGCUGGAGACCGCAACUCUUCCACAACGAGCACCCCAUCGGCGAAGCCGGCUUCGACUUGGAGUACUCCAUCUACGAUGGGGUGAUGGGCGCCAUGAUUGCGAAGUUCUGGACGCGAUGUGAGAGUUAUCGGCAGAGGGAUGAGGAGUGUGAUGUUGAUAUGUCGGUAGCUCAGGGUUUGGUGCUGCAGGAGUGGCCUAGUUGGAUGAUGGCCGGGUUGUAUCGGUACACGGGUUGUAGCCUUUCGGUGCUGGAUGAGUGCUGGGAGCCGUUUAACCAGAUUGAUUAUCGAAUCCCAAGCCGGUGGCUGGAAAGAUUAUUUGAUCAAGUUUUCUGGGAUGUGACGGUCCCGCGGGUCGGGAAGAAGGCUCUUCAUCCGCCGAAAGUUGCUGCUUGGGUGUUUGCACUGGCUAAGGAUAAAAAUGGGGCGCCGAUCAAGAUGGCUUGUGAUGUGCAGCAUAUGGUGAGGCCGGGGUUUAUGGCUGAUGAACAUCGUAGAGUGCUGGCUGAGGCGAUGAAUAUUCGUAUUCCGGCUGUGCGGGAUGAUGUAGUGCUGGCGGGACCUUCGAAUAGGAUUGAUGGGCGUGUCGUGGCGAGCGGUGUGGAACUGCGGACGUGCUGUGGUGCUGGGUGUCGGUAA